AUGCUAUUGGUUGUAAAUGGGCAUACAGGAUCAAAUGAAACUCUGAUGGGAGUAUUGCUAGAUACAAAGAAAGGCUUCAACAACAGUCAUUCAAAUCCUUCUCUUUUUGUCAAGAAGUCUUCUUCUAGCAUUACCAUUCUUUUUAUAUAUGUUGAUGACAUCCUUCUCACUAGAAGUGAUUCUCACAAGUAUGUUACUGAGUUACUUUCUAAGGUUGGUAUGCUUGAUUGCAAGUCCUGUGCUACUCCUUCGGCUCUUAAGUCCUCUACUUCUACUUCUGAUUGUUUGCCUUUUACCAAUCUCUCUUUGUACAGAAGUUUGGUUGGGGAUCAGCAAUAUCUUACAAUUACUAGGCCUGAUAUUGCUCUAGCUAUAAAUCAGGCUGUUAAGAGAUUGCUUCGAUAUAUCAAGGGCACUCUCACUCAUUAUCUUCAUUUUACCUCUAGGCCUUUGGUUCUUCAAGCCUUCUCUGACUCUAACUGGGUUGGGGACACUAUUGAUCGUAUAUCUACCUCUGGGUUUUGUGUUUUUCUUGGCUCCAACUUGAUCUCAUGGUCUGCUAAGAAACAAAACACUGUGUCUCGAUCCUCCACUGAGGCAAAAUAUAGGUCUCUUACUCACAUUGUAGUUGAGAUGUGCUAG